GACCUAAGCCCACCUGCUGGCGGCCCGGUGCCUGGCUAUGACUGUGACCUACACCAGCAAAGUGGCCAAUGCCCACUUGGGCUCCUUCUCCCGGCUGCUGCUCUGCUGGAGGGGUAGCAUCUACAAGCUGCUCUAUGGUGAAUUCUUCAUCUUCCUGCUCUGUUACUACACCAUCCGCCUCAUCUACAGGCUGGCCCUCACGAGUGAACAGAAGCUGAUGUUUGAGAAGGUGGCUUUGUACUGUGACCACUCCAUCCAACUCAUCCCCAUUUCCUUCGUGCUGGGCUUCUACGUGACGCUGGUGGUGACUCGCUGGUGGAACCAGUACGAGAGCCUGCCGUGGCCCGACCGCCUCAUGAACCUGGUGUCCAGCGUGGUCGAGGGUAAGGACGAGCACGGGCGGAUACUGCGGCGCACGCUCAUCCGCUACGCCAACCUGGGCAACGUGCUCAUCCUGCGCAGCAUCAGCGCGGCGGUCUACAAGCGCUUCCCCAGCACCCAGCAUCUUGUGCAAGCAGGCUUUAUGACCCCCGCGGAACGCAAGCUCUUAGAAAGCCUCGAGGGGCCGCACAACAAGUUCUGGGUGCCCUGGGUGUGGUUUGCCAACCUGUCAGUGAAGGCCUGGAGUGGAGGUCGCAUCCGGGACUCUAUCCUGCUCCAGAGCCUGCUGAAUGAAAUGAACACCCUGCGGUCUCACUGUGGACAGCUCUAUGCCUACGACUGGAUCAGUGUUCCCCUGGUCUACACGCAGGUGGUGACAGUGGCCGUAUACAGCUUCUUUGUGGCCUGCCUGAUUGGGCGGCAAUUUCUGGACCCAGCCAAGGCCUACCCUGGCCAUGAGUUAGACCUCUUUGUACCUGUCUUCACAUUCCUGCAGUUCUUCUUCUAUGCUGGGUGGCUGAAGGUGGCUGAACAGCUCAUCAACCCAUUUGGCGAAGACGAUGAUGACUUCGAGACCAACUGGAUUGUAGACAGGAGCUUUCAGGUGUCCCUAUUGGCUGUGGAUGAGAUGCACCAGAACCUGCCCCCACUGGAGCGGGACAUGUACUGGAACGAUCGCGUCCCGCAACCCCCUUACACAGCUGCUUCUGCCCAGUCCCGACGACCCUCCUUCUUUGGCUCCGCCUAUAACAUCAGCAUGGAUGAAGAAGAGAUGGAGUUUCAGCCAAACCACAAGAGCGAGGAGGAAGGCAGCGGGCCCACCAGCCUCAUUGGCCGCUUCCUAGGGCUGCAGACCCAUGAACACCCCACCAGAACAAACUCAAAGACCCGACUGCUAGCGUACAGGAAGGAAUCUUUCCCCCACAAAACGGGUUAUGCCAAGCACCAGUUCAAGGACCGCAGAGGGGGCCUGAUGUUCCCGGAAGGCCGCCAGUACCAUGGGGACCGCGACGACAGCAAGCCCUUGAAGCUGGACACCUUCAGGUCAAGUCCACCGUAUGAAAGGUCAGGCUACCAUAGUGCCCCAGAGACGCCUCUCAGCCACACCCCCAUGGUCUUCCCACCCAGAGCGUCAGCGCCCUCAAGGCUCGGCAGCCUCACAGACAUAGAAGCCACUGUCAACAGCCAGAGCCUAAACUCUCUGGCUCACGGGACCAAUGGUUCUGAAUUGGUCCCCGAGAGGACUGCAGCCUCCAAGGAGCACCCAGAAGUAAGUUAUGGGAGGAGGAAAACUGUCGAGUUUAACCUGCCAGAUAUGCCAGAGGCCCCUGCGUAUCAUCCCAGCAACGUGCACAGUAGAUUCAGAGAUCAUGGCGAGCCCUACUGGGACUUGGAGAACAGGUCUGUCCCUGUCACUGCUCUCUCCCGUGGCCCUCCCUCCCCACUCCUUAGCCUUCCCUCCCUCCACAAGGGUCUUUGA